AUGUCCGCAAUGAAUCAAAGCGCAACUGAAUCAUCCAUUCUUGAUGGUAGUAGCUUGAUCCUUGAUGAUUCCUUAUCAUUCUCAAACAAAUUUGAUUUCGAGGAGACGAUUAGACAGAUACAAGAACAGAGUAAGAAAGUGAGCAGUCAUUUGAAUCAAUAUUCAAAAUAUUUAAUUCCAAGCCCGAAGGGUUAUGAGUCGGAAAAGAGGAACACUGAAAACGCAUAUUCCUCAACUUUGAAUACCCUCUAUAAUGUAGGAGUAACAAACAACAAUCAAGCAUCAUCAAAGAAUAAUUAUAUUAUAAAUUCUGUAUCAUCGGAAUCAAAGGCGGUUGAAGUCAAGGAACAACCUAAACCAAAACAAUCAUUUAAUGCUUUUUCAACCCCUCAAUCUUCGGUCGAUCCGAAAUAUGCAAAUGAUUCGGAUCCUAUUGAGGCUCUUAUGAGAGACUUUAGAAAUGAAGUAAGAGAAAUAGAUAAUUGUAUUCAAUCCGACACACCAUCAAGCCUUCGAUUUAGCAGCUCAGAUUUUGGAGAAACCCCUAACUCUGAGGAACCAAAAUCUCCCUUUCUGUACCAAACCUCCACUCCCUUGAAUUCUACCGCAAGAGAACCUGAAAAGAGAGCUAACAAGUUAAAUACAGAGGCACUUCCAUUGCAAUCAUCAACCUAUAAUAGAGGAAUAAUGGAAGAGGAAAAAACACGUAACAAAAUUCAUUCCAACACUAAUAUAUUUGAGAAAUCACACGAAAAAGAUCAGACGCCAUCGAUAUCACCCAUUAUUCAUAACUCAAGAAUGUCACAAACCUCCUCUCCAAUUAUUACAUUUACAACAUCUGACAAAUCAAGGAUGAGCGAUACCGAUAUUAGGGACAAGAAUUUAUUUUCGCCCACGCAGGGCAAUAGUUUUUUGAAGGAACAUGAAACAUCAUCAAAGCCGUCCAACAUUCUUAAAACUAAUCCUCUCACGUUUCAUUCUCAACAAACAUCAUCCGAAAUGAUCCUACGUCUUGAAAACAUUCAGCUUAGGGAAGAAAUUUCUAAACUACAAUCGACGGUCGUGUCUCUUCAAACUCGGAUGGAAGGAAUGGAAAAGAAUAUGAAACAACUUUUUGACCUUCUUAUGCACACAACAAUGAACAAUUCGAACAACAAAUAA